CCCUCUCGCCUGCGCAGCAGAGCGCUCACAGGACGACCACUCAAAACGAAAAAGUUGGGAUACACUUUCACUAACUUUGUGUCAAUUAGUCCAUUAGUCUUCCAAAUGUUUCUCUCUUUUCUAUUAGAAGCGGGCGUCGGUGGAUUUGGCUGAUACAAACGGUCGCCAAAACCUUUUUUUUUUUUUCUUCUUCUUCUUUCUUUCUUUGAGGUCAGUAACCUGUGAAGAAAGCAAAAGGGAUUUACUGCACACUGGGAUUUAUCUGUGCUGGCGUUUGAUCGCGAAGGCCAGUACUUCACCUGCUGCAAGAUAUUACAGGACCCUCAGUAUUAUAUUACCAGGCAAACGUGACUGAAAAGGCCUUAGACCACCUGCCCUCAGGAGUCAAGGAGAGAAGGAAGGAAGGAAGGAAGGAAGAAAGGAGGGAACGAAGGACGGAGACAGAUCGUUGUCUAUUGCUGCCCUCUGCUUCCUAUUGUAUACAGAUGUAUGCUGAGAAAGUUGUGACAGAGGGGAAGAUGGGGAACAGGGGAAUCUCUCUGACCUGUGUGUUGACCCCCUGCCGUGUGAUUGGGGUGUGUGUGACAUUGAUGACCUUAGGAGCCAUUGGAGCAGCUGUCUGGGCCGUAGUGACGUAUUGCACAAUGGAUGAAGACACAGGGUUGUAUGAUGUCCAGGUAAAUUCUGCUGACCAACGUCUCAGAGUCUUUGACUCCGCCGAAAGGAGGUGGCGUCAGGUGUGUUCCUCCUCAGCCAAUGACCUGCUAGCUAGCAUCAGCUGUGAAGAAGUGGGCUUCAUUAGUGUGGUGAACAACUCCGUCACGUCAGUGCCAGAGGCCAGUGGAGAUGGCGGGGAGUUCUUCUGUGUGAGACAGCAAGAGCUCAGCUAUGGCAAGAAAAUCAAAGACUCAUUGUUCCCAUGUGACUGUGAGAGCAGGGAGGUUCUCACACUGCUAUGUCAAGACUGUGGCAGGCGUAGUUUUGCAGCAGACCGUAUAGUUGGCGGCGUGGAUGCCAGGCAGGGCAGCUGGCCCUGGCAGGUCAGAUUGGAGUACGAUGGAGUUCAUCAGUGUGGAGGAACCAUCAUCUCAAACCGCUGGAUUGUCUCCGCAGCACACUGCUUCAGAGAGCGAUAUCGCUCUGUUAAUCGCUGGCGUGUGAUGCUCGGCUCCAUCUAUAGUAAACCAGUCAAUGCCAACGUGGUGGAGGUAAACACCAUUGUUUACCACAGCAGCUACCUGCCCUUUGUCGAUGCUAGCAUUGAUGACAACAGCAGGGACAUCGCUGUCCUCGCCCUCACCCAGCCCCUCACCUUCAGUGAAUACAUCCAGCCUAUUUGCCUGCCAGUGUACGGUCAGAGACUGGUAGAUGGACAGAUGGGAACAGUAACAGGCUGGGGAAAUGUAGAUUACUAUGGUAUUCAAGCAGAUGUUCUCCAGGAAGCGAACAUCCCCAUCAUCAGUGACGCCGUCUGCAACGCUCCUGACUACUAUGACAAUCAGAUCACCACCAGUAUGUUCUGCGCUGGUUAUGAGAAAGGAGGCACUGAUGCCUGUCAGGGAGAUAGCGGCGGUCCUUUUGUGGCAGAAGACUGCCUGUCUAAGACCAGGCGGUAUCGUCUGCUGGGGGUGGUGAGCUGGGGAAUAGGCUGUGCCAUGGCCAAGAAACCUGGCGUCUACACCAGAAUUUCAAGAUUUCUGCCCUGGAUAUCUACAGCCAUGAGGAACUAUCACAACUCACCGGGGCUUCACAAAAUGGCCCGGACAUGAGAUUCCUGCUCCCACGUUUCCACUUUUUCUACUCUUGGAUGACAAU